CCUGGCAUGGUGCCCGCCUGCCGCACCAUCUAUUUAACCAGCCCGUCCCUGCCCACUCCCCAGCCAGCAGCUCACCCCGGCAUCUCCGCGGCCAGGGACAGAGCUGCAAACCCACCCCCGAGCCCUCUGCUGCCCAGGUUAGGUGGAUCUGUCGCGGCUCCGACACCAGCCCCCCCUUCUCUCCAGAGCCAUGGACGUUCGUCUUGUCUUGUGCCUCCUCUGGGCUCUCCUAGCUACAGCCCAUGCACGUCCUUCCAGCUGUUACCAGAGCACCCCCGGGGAAAGUAGCAUCGUGAGGAACUGUAGGAGUUGGGAAGAUUCUUGCAUCACUGCCCAGGAGGUGAACACUAUCGGGGGCGUGGUGAACACGGGCAUCUUCCAGUCCUGCACCCUCAGCUGGUUGAGCCUGGAGGGUGACCUGGACUUCGAGUUCGGGGGCGGCGUCUACGUGAGGAUCCACUCUGAGCUGUGCAGAGAGACCAACUGCAACACGGGGGCGUUCAAGGAACGCCCCCAAAUCAGCACCGUGCCCAAUGGAAGACAGUGCCCGUCGUGCUAUGCCCCAGGAUCCCACCGCUGCCUCCACAACAAGAUCCUGCACUGCCAGGGGGCUGCCAACCACUGCGUUGACGUCACCGGGAUGCUGUCAGAGAAAAACACCAACACCGAAAUCCCUUUCGCAGCCAGAGGAUGCGCCACCAAGGAUGUGGCCAAGAUCAAAGCUGGGAUGGGCCUGGAGUCGGGCGUAUACAUCUAUCAAAUCGCGACCAUCCAGUUAAGCCCGGCCCCCAAAAUGGAGACAGUGGACGGCUUCUGAUGCCCUGCUGAGCUCCAUCCCACUGGCACGCCCCCGCUUCGAGCUAUUCCCUCCCACUCCACCCCCAGGCCUGUCCGGGGCUGGCCCCCCAGCUGUGACUCAGUUUUCCCCCACCCAAGGGGGAAUAAGGGUGCCAAGCCCCCUUCAUAAAGCGCUUUGAGACCCAUGGGUCCAGGGCACAAGCCAGAGACCCAUUAUGGGCUUUGCACUAAGCGUGACGAGCUUAAAAACAGGCCUGAGUAUUAGAGACCCAUUAGCAGCUUCUCCCCAGAGCGUGCUCUGAGGGGUAAAGCCCAGGUGUCCUGGCUCCCAGCCCCCACUGCUCUAACCCACCAGCCCCCACUCCCCUCCCAGAGCUAGAGAGAGAACCCAGGAGUCCUGGCUCCCAGCCCCCCUGCUCUAACCACUAGUCCCCACUCCCUCCCAGAUCCAAGAACAGAACCCAGGCAUCCUGCCACCCCUCCACCCUCUGUUCUCACCCUCUGUAUUUCCACAUGCUAAUGCAUUGAAUAAAGCUGCAUCAUAAAUCCAAAUUCCCUGCAGAGCACCGUAGGGGCCAUAAGGAAGCCAACCUAGCCCUGGUGUAGCCAGCGCUGAGUCGACAGGGAGAAAUCAGACGUCCCAGCUCCCGCCUCUCGGGGAGAUGGACUAACUCCGGCAACGGACGCACCCCGCCCCUCGGCGUAGUCGUGUCUACACUGAAGCGCUACAAUGGCGCAGUGGCCGCAUUUCAAGUGGACACUAGGGUGGCCAGGUGCCUGGUUUUCGACCGGGAAGUCCAGUCCAGUC